UUUCCCUCCCCACUCAGCCUACCCCUUGAGAGGGCGUUUCAACUACUUGUCAUAAUGAAAGUGACGUUGGUUUCUCUGCCGCAAGCGAAUGAGGGGUGAAGAGAGGUAUCUUCUUUGUUCUGGAGCCUGCCCUGGAAUUAAGCUCCUGCUACUCAGAAGAGGGAGAAGUGCUGAGUGAGGCCGAGGAGCAGCAGCAGAGCCAGCCCCUGGUGACGAGCGGUUAUCUCUGGCUCCCCAGCCAUGCCCUGGCAGCUCUCUGCAGUGGUGGUGCUCUUCGUGUCCCUGGCUGUGAUUUUGCAUUAUGGCAGUCAAAUAACAGCACAAGUGUUUCCAGAAACCGGGGACUAUCUGCCUACAACAGCAGCAACAGCAGAGGCCACAGCAAAGCCUUUCCUGAAACUAAUUCACCACAUCCCUCACCAAACUUCAGCAGCCAGAUCAAUCGAUGGUCACACCCCCUCUCAGAGAGCUGCCCCACCCUCCAGCUCUGAACUCCCAACCACACACACAACAGUAAAAACUCUGGUAACAACGUCCUUGCUAACUACAAACAGCAUCCCAGCUACCAGCCCGACAACCCACACCCUAGUCACAACCUUGGCCACACCCAAUAACUCACACACAGUGGCUUCUCUCACUGAAGCUACAAUUGGUCCCAGUGCAGCCCCAGGUUCACCGCCAACUACCUUCCCUCCAUUGGCCCAUACGACAGGAACAAGCCCAUCGACUGUCAGCCACACAACUAGGAAAGCCACCCAACCCAGGAACCAGACCGCCCUUCCAGCAACCUUGUCCACCCCACCGCUUAACAGCACAACCAGUCACCAGUCUGCCCAACCCAGUCAUGCCCCAGGCCCAACCACAGCUGCACACAAUACCACCCACACGGCCUCACCUGCCGCCACAACUUCCGGGCCCACUCUUGCACCUCGGCCUUCGUCAGCCAAGACUGGAAUGUACCAAGUUCUGAAUGGAAGCAGGCUCUGUAUCAAAGCCGAGAUGGGGAUAGAGCUAACAGUUCAAGACACAGAGUCGGUUUUUUCACCUCAGAGAUACUUCAACAUUGACCCCAAUGCAACCCAAGCCUCUGGGAACUGUGGCUCCCGAAAAUCCAACCUUCUCUUGAAUUUCCAGAGCGGAUUUGUGAAUUUCACAUUUACAAAGGAUGAAAACUCGUAUUACAUCAGUGAAGUGAGAGCCUAUUUGACAGUCGCAAACCCAGAGAAAAUUUACCAAGGAAUGAAAAGUUCUGUGGUGAUGUUUGAGACUGUGGUUGGGCAUUCCUUCAAAUGUGUGAGUGAACAGAGCAUCCAGAUGUCAACUCACCUUCAACUGAAAACAAUGAAUGUCCAAUAUCAAGCCUUUGAUUUCGAAGAUGACCACUUUGGAAAUGCGGAUGAAUGCUUCACUGACAGAAACAGGAGAGAAAACCCUGUGGCCGUGGGCCUGAGUAUCGCAGUACUGCUUGUCGUUUUGCUAACAGCAUGUCUCAUGGCCAGCAAGAGGCCCAGUAGAGGAUAUGAACGCAUGUAAAGCCCCACCUUCUUCAAAAGUCGCAAGUGGACGAGUGUUCGUCUGACUACACAAUUGUGCUUCCUGUGAUUGGGGCCAUUGUACUUGGUCUCUGCGCUGUGGGUUUGAUUGUCUAUGGAAUCCGCCUAAGACGCGAAUCAUCUGGAUACCAGAGAAUCUAAUUGGUGCCCAGGGGAAAAGAAUGUAAUGGCAUUUAGAGAAUUCUUUCAUCGGUUCCAGGGUAUUGGGGAUAUUUCCAGGAUAUUUCCUUAGAAUUAGUGCUUCCAACAAUGUAAACCACCAUCUUUCACAAACCCCAAGUCAUUUCUGAUUGAAGUCCAAGCAGCAAAUCGUUUCUGCAGAGUGUUUGUUCAUUUUAUGAAUGAUCUAGUGAGUUGUUUCAGAGUAUUUUCCAACUUCCUGCAAAAUAUUUUAACCAUUCCUAAGUCAACAUUUGAGAUAUGUUAAAUUAACAUAAUGUAUGCAAAGUGGUAUAUGCUUCCAAAUUAUAAACUUAAAUGUCAAUUGUAAUUAAAGCUACCUGUGCACAUUGGGGAUUUUAUUUUAUCCUUCAUCUUUCACAUUUAAAAAAAAAAUGCCUCUACUUUACCUAUGAAAUGGACUUCUAGUGCUUUUACUCUCCAUGUUUUAUAUGAUAUACAUAUAUCUGAUGACCUGCUUGUCUUCUUUCCACAUUAAUUUUUUAAAAAUCAUGAAAAAAACUACCAUAUCACAGGUUGUCUAGGUUUGACGUGAAACUAACAAGAAGAACAAAUCAACUUAUAAUCUUGAUGACUCCUCCUUCAGAAUCACUAGAGACUCAGAACUCGGUGGCUAUGGACAACAGAAUUCACUAAUAAGCCAGAAACAAUAGCCCUUAAUUUUUUAACGCAUCUAUGCCAGACACUAGGCUAAGUUUAGAUACAGCCCAUUUAAUUCUCACAACUUAUAGAUGAGUAAACUCAAACUUCAGGAAAUGAAUCCCCUCCAUGUCACCAGCUCACAAGUGGCAGACGCAGAAUUUGAGUGCCAGCUGGUCUGUGGUAAGAUCUCUGGACUUUUCAUUACACCAUUGACACUGACUGCUACCUGAAGCCUCACACCAGCGCACACUCCUUUUUCACAGAGAAAAUUAAUUUCUCCAGAGUCAUGAGAGAUUAGGAGACACGAAAUGAGGACUUGAUAGGUAAUGAAAUAGCUGAUCUUCAACAAAGUUCUCUACCUCCUUGAAGGGGGACUGGGGGACUCUGAAUGAAAAACACGGGUUUCUUAUUUGUAUAGGAUUGUGCCACUGUGGCUCUAAAGAUAAAGGAAUGGAGGAAACUUCUUAAGUCAUUUUUUAUUUCUUUGAAAAUAGAGAAAUCUAACCACCAACCACCUUUUCUUUCUUGACCGUAGAUCCCCCUCUUGUGGUAACUUGCUUCUUCUGCACUGUUACAGCCACAUUUUCUAUCCUAAUUCACUUCAUUCAGUAGAACAACCUGCCAAGAAUUGAUUCCUGCUUGUUUUUACAACUAAAGAAAGGAGCUAAGUCUACUAACAGAAAAGACCACAUAACCCUAGCAUUCUUUAGGAAAGGAUUAAUUCAGGUCACCCUAGAAGACAGGUUGACUUUCUUGACUUGUUCUCUUAUGAGUCAGUAGGGUUGGCAAGAUUCUCGGUUUAGUCUUAAUAGAAUAUUGAAUUGUAUUAGAAGUUUUUGUAAUAAA